CUAUGAUGAUGAGAGGAACAAACUGACUUUGAGUCUGAGAGUAUUCAACAUCAAUGAGACUGACUUCGGAGCCUACACUUGUAUAGCCGAGAACGAACUGGGGAACGAUGAGGAAACCAUGUACCUUUAUGGUAGGCUGACAAGUGUGUGUGUGUCUGUGUGUGUGUGUCUGUGUAUGUGUGUGAGUGUAUAUGUUGAGAGGAUGUGUCCAAUUAGUGUGUGUGUCGAGUGUGUGCGUGUGGGGGUAUGUAAGGAGUGUUUGUGAUAAGUGUGUUUUUGUAUUAUUUACUUUUUUCGGAAGUGGGCAAAUCUAAUCUACCUUUAAGUUUUUAAGUUGCAUAAUUGUUAGUCCAUUGUUUGAAUCAAUUGCAUUUUAAUGGGAAUACACCAGAAAACCAUCUGCCUACUGUUAGGUCACGAUAAUUUGAUUCAUAUAUUGAAUUACGUCAGUAAAUUUCAGGACUCGUAUGUCUUAUAUGGACAUAGAAAAGAUCUGAAUUAUAUUAUCCUUAGCAACAUUUUUAUUUUGGUAUUCAAUAUACAACAUAUGUAUACGUCUUAAAGGACUUAUGUUUACAAAAUAUAAUACAUCUGGAUAUCGUAGACUAUAUAUUUAAAUAUAUGUCUUGUGUAUCGUAAACUAUAUUACUUAUAUUGAAUAUACAGGAUCUUUAUUUAGAAAAUACAGAUUUAUGUUUACAACAUACAUGAUUUAUACGUAAAACAUACGAGAAUUAUGUUUACAACAUACCCCCGUAUAUUCACAACACACUGGACUUAUAUUUACAACAUAAGCACUUAUAAUAAAAAAAAUAGGUGACUUAUAUAUACAACAUACAGGACUUAUAUUCACUAUAUAGAUUACUUCUAUUUAAAACGUCGAGGUCAUGUGUUUUGUAUUAAAUGCUCUUCACUUCUGGUGAUUGCCAGACUACGCCGAGAACUCUAGAACCACUUCUACCACACCUCUGACAACCAGCACAACCCUGAGCUUCUACAUCCCUCAUGUCAACGGACGGGAGGAGUCCAAGCAUGUCUACAUCAAGACAACAGACUUCACCGGCCACGAUAAUCAACAUUUCAAACCAGGGGCGUGGCGAGGGGAGGGGGGCCAUGACAGCCUACACCCUGACUACACCCCAACGAGCAGGCCGGAUUACAGAGGUAAGCUAAUCUCGGGGUUAAGUUACCAUGACUACGUUUGUUUUUACCUGCAUAUGACGAUGCUUCAUCAUUGUGAAUGUGCAUCAAGUUGUUCCUACAUCGAUACUUCCUGAAUACUAUACAUUCUUUGCAUAAUUUAACCAGGAAAUUCUCACUUUGUACAUCCAUUACGUACCUGAAUGAUAUUCACUCUUCAAUAAAAUUUAAAAAAAAAAUGUUUAUAUGUUAUUAUAUGUAUGUUCAUUUAUAAUAUUCCAUAACUUGAUUAUUGCUCUGAUUUCAAAUAAAUUUGAAUAAGCAAAAAAAAAAAAAAAAAAAAAAAAAUUUAAAAAAAAAAAAAAAAAAAAAAAAAAAAAAAAAAUCCAGUGCAUUUUAAAAAUGAUAUUUUUGUUAUUGGAUGCGAUCUUACUGUUAUUCCAUGAGUUUGUUGUCAUCAAUAAAAAUGUUGUUCUACUUAUUUUUUAUUCUACUUUCAGAUAAAGGAAUAGUAGCCGGCAAGAGUACAAAAAAUCUGGCAUUUUCACCUGUGGCAUCUUGGCCCACGUUAAUCGGACUGCUUUCCGUUUUAAGUCUCGGCAACAUCCUUGUGUUGUGACCAGCCCCAUUGUGUUAUCUCUUCUAGACCUCCGUCUUGUACAACAGAAUUUAUAUAUGUGUUUGAGUGAUGACGUCAUCAACCUCCCUUCAUCUAUUUAUAAAAAGGUUUCUCUCAAGGGAUCCCGAACGAUUUUUAGUAAAUAAUUAUCUUGUUUUUUCAAUUUUUGUUUUAUUUUGUUUUUAAAUUUCAACAAGGCUCAGAUUUUCAAAAAUUGUCGCCAUGAGCCAGCCAGAACCUGUAUUAAGCACCUGGUUAACUGCGCUGAAUUAUUAAGCUCGGCAGGCUCUUAAGCGUUUUAUUGUCACGGCCAUAUUUAUUUAGAAGCAAAGUGAGAUUCACCACGAUAAAGAAUGCUUUUAAAUUUGUUUGGAAAUGAGCACACAUUAAAGCUAGAUUUUUUUAGUACGUCAUAAAAUGACGUCAUGAUUGACAUUGUUACUCAAACUGUCGGACAAAAGAAAAAUUUAAAAAAUCCCUCUUUCUCUCAGUAAAUUGUUUCAGACUGCGACCACACAGAAAUCCCUUGGCAAUCCCAUUGGACGUCACGUCCCACUUGCUGGGAACCUGCGCUCUAGUAACUAAUUAUACCAGGCUGUGUGUGUUUCAAACUAAUUUUAUACUAUGUAGUGUAAUUUUUUAAUUUCAAGACAUAUAGUCUACAUAAAUGGAUUGAUACAUUAAUUUAAUAUUUCUUCUAAAAAAAUUUUUUUUUUCGAAACAAACCUUUGUUACAUGUUGCUAGAAAAAUUGGCUUGCAACAUCUCGUGACUGAUUUUAAACUAGCAUUUGCGACCUAUUCUGUAAAGUAUGCCAAACUCAUAUCAAGUGUAAAGGUUUUUCCUAAAUGCGAUCAUAUACGAUUGUUGCGUAACUAGCCUAUUAUUUGCUAUGUCAUCUAUUGCAAGGGCAAAAAUGAGUCAACUACUAACAAAUGACCAUC